ACAGCCAUCUUCUUCUCUUUCCUCUUCUAUAUUUGUCAUCAGUGUUUGUCCGACCUCCUCUCAAGUCUGAGAACAUGGAGACAGCUGCAGCGGUGACUCUUCUGGCACUGAUUAUGGCGAUGGCUGGCGUCAGUCACGCUCUUCAUAUCCAAGCCGGCCUGGACAAAAAUGACAUCUUGCCUGGCAGCUCAGAGGAGAGCAUGCCUGACCGCCUGUUGGGGCUGGAGAGUGAAAACAGAGAUAGCGACACUGAUGAUCGCUUGCUGACUUCAUUGCUGAGAGCCCUGCUGCACGGAGCUCAGAGAGAAGCCAGGGAGUCUGUCCUCCAUCAGCCACAGAGGUUUGGCCGCAGCUCCAGAGGGCAGGUUGUGCUGGAGGAUCAGAUGCAUUCCCGUGACUGGGAGGCUGCCCCCGGUCAGAUCUGGAGUAUGGCCGUGCCUCAGAGAUUUGGCAAGAAGUAAUGUUGCAGUCAUGCGGUGUUGCCCUGGUGGAAGGUCAAGCAGCCGAGAGUUAUAAAGAUACUAGAUUUGUUCCACUCUAAGCUCCAGCCCACUAGGCUUGACUUUACACCUGGUGUCCAGUGAAAGAUGACACUAGCUUAAUCUUUCAUGAUUAUGAUUGUUGUUAUUUUCUUUGAAUUUCCAACACUGGGAAGCACGGUGACUGGUGAUUGUUUGGAUCGGCUUGUUAAGGACUGAAAAUGUUUGUUGUAAAUUGUUAGUUGCUAUGUUUUUGUUGUUCUUCCGUUCAAAUAAAAGAACUUUAA